CAGUACUUGAAGGCGGCGCGAGAGGGCGUUCCUUCGACGUGCACUUAAAUGCACCGUGGAACGAACCACUCGCGUCUUUUCCGAUCCUAUCUUCUCUCUCAUUGGCAUCGGAACUGCCUUAUUGUUGUUCAUCCGUUGCUCCACAGGCCAGGCUGACACCGAGGUUCGGCGGGCGGCUACGGUCUCCAGGAAGCCGGACGCCGCCUCUCGGCUGCUUCGACGUCCUUCCCCUCAACCACAACAAUAAUGGCAGAUUGUUUAAAAACGUAAUGGACUCGACAAAAGUAUUGGGACACCUCUGAUCUGAUCAGGCAGAGCGAUGAUUUUUAAGAAGCUAAAAAGGCAGUCAAGAUGAAGAGAGGUUACGCCGGAAAAAGGUACCAGAAUCCUCACAAUGUCUCUAUAAAUAAUCCAAGCACCAGCUGCUCCGGUCUUGCCAAGGUUGUCAGGCUUCCUCCCAGGCUCUUGUUGAAGGACAUGUGGCCUCACAGCAAAGGAACCUCCCAGUUUCAGGACAGAAACUUCCACUCCUGGACUCCAGGUGGAGAACCACCACAGGAACAAUUAUGGCCAGAUGAAGAAGGGCACUCCAGUCAGCAGGACAUGUGGACAGUCACGGCAGGCAGGGACAACAACCGAGGCCAGUAUCAGGCUGGCAAGCUGCCUUCCUCAGAACCAAACCGGACUUGGAACCCCAGCAGAAACCUAUUCUGCAGGCCUGAUUCAGUAGCAGCAAUGGUUGGUAGUGUCCAAAACGACGCAGAUGUCUUCACGCUUCAGCCUAGUGAGGAAGAGCAGAAGAGGCCACCAGUGAUCUCCAGCAAGAAGGAGCCCCCCACUUAUCCUCCAGGCAGCCCGGAGGAGCAAUGGCAACUCCAGAUCGUUGCCAGAGGUCGAGUCAACUGUCCCAAAUGUAAAAGUGUGAGCAGGAAGACGGUGGAAGGGCUGAAGAAGCACAUGGACAACUGCAGACUGCAAGCGUUUACGUGCCAACACUGCGGGAAGCAGCUCAGGUCUUCCACGGGGAUGAAGUAUCACAUCAUGGCUGACCACGGCAGCCCGCCGUCAGUGGAAGACAUCCGGGACCUGGACGUGCGUGUCCUCAAAGACAAACUAAGGAAAAUCUUGAAGCAGUUGGGGAAAGUCAAGUGCCCCAAAGAGGGUUGCACAGCGACGUUCAGUAGCAUCAUGGGUUACAUGUACCACAUUAAGAAGUGCGGCAAGGAGCAGGCAGAACUGGACAAGAUGCUGCUAACCUGCUCGCAUUGCGGGAAAGCAUACAAGUCCAAAGCAGGCCUGGAGUACCACCUCAAGUCCGAGCACACCCCCGUGAGUCCCGAGCAUCAAGAUGAGGCGAUGGAGGUCCAGAGCCAAGCUGAGGCGGAGAAGACAGCCAGCGGCAGAAUCCAGCGGGCUUCGGCGCAGCUGGCCAACUUUCACAUGGCACAAAUGUCCAACAAGGACCCAUCAAAAGACUGUCCCAAAAGGCCCUUUCAGUCCGACCUGGUGCCCGACGACAAGAAGUUGAAGUACUUGCGACCUGGCCUGCCUGCCUUCAGCCAGGAGCUGCUGAGGAAGUGGAAGGAUGAAUUGAAGCUACACAAGAAGCUCCUCUGUCCCAACCAGGUCGGUUGUGGAUGCACAUACACUAGCGUGUCCGGACUCAAGGCUCACUUGGGGCUAUGUACAAGGGGCGACUUUGAGGUGGGAACGUACCAAUGUCUGCUUUGCGACAAGGAGUUUCACUCGGAGAGCGGUGUGAAAUAUCACAUCAACGCCACGCAUUCGCAGGAAUGGUUUGUGACCAACAAAAAAGCUACCAUGAAGUUGAAAAGGCAACCCAGAGAGACGGUCUACCAUACAGAGGAGAAGAUCGUGGACCACCACCAUCAUUAUCAUCAUCCUCUUUCACGGAUGCAGCGUCCUUUCACGCUUCUGUGUACACCUGUGGAGCGUUCAGCCCAGCCCGUGUGGCUGGUUGAUGACGUGAGGGCCGAGCAGGCCCCCAUUGAGUUGGAGGAGGCCGACAAGAUGGUGGAGGGGAAGCGCAAGGACGGGUUCCACCCGACACGAAGCAGCGUGCUGAUGGAGUGAGAGACAAUCGGCCGGAAUGGAGUUCCACUUGGAGGCCUUCAAAAGACAAAAAGUGGCUUGAUAAAUCCAGGAGAGUGCAGGUGAGCUGAGAAGGAAGGUGAGAGAUUGUUGUUUGUACAAAUGUGUUCAUGUAUGUCACCCUUUGUGUUCACCUACUUGCUGUAAAAUACUUUCGCUCAAACUUAUGUGCCUCUCAGAUUCGAUUUGAGUGGUGUACAGAAAAUGGUCAUUUAACUUUAGAUAAGAGACACACAUCGAUUGAGUUUACUGCGUGUUUUAAACUUGCCAUGUGAUACUUCUUGCUUGGCAGCCCUGUUCAAACAUGUCAUUAAAUACUUUCAACCAAAUUCAGAAUCAGCACAAA